UGGGUGCCUGGGUGCGUGGGUAGUUAAUUCUCAACUGAACUCAACUAAUUUUACUUUACCAGCUGUAAGGCCCCACUGAGCUGUGUAGCUCUUUUCAGAAGCGACCUGGCCAUCACAAACGAUGGCUCAACCAAGUGGCUUAUCAUCAUCAUCGUCAUCACGUGGAAGUGUAUAGCAGCAGCCACAUGCUCUAAACGCCGUGAUGUUGAUUCUAAAUGUGGAGGGAAAACCUGGAGGGAGCCGGAGACAAAUCCACGCGACCACGGGGAGAGAGAGACACCGCCAACUCCAAACAUACAGCAGCAGCAGGCAUCGUCAGGAGUCGGGAUCAAACCCACGGCCUCCUGUAUACCAGGCGAGACUGACUUGUCUACAGCAGAGACAUCGGCGGCGGCCUUCUCUGUGCCCUCGUCUCACCACCAGUGUCAGAGCAGAGAACAACGCCAAACGGCGGACAGUACAAAGACAAUGCCACACUAACUCGGGGUGUGUGGCGGCGGGACCCCCCGCACUUGCCGGCGUCUCUCCUCCCCGCCUCCUUGUCCCUCGCCCGCUUUGUCUCUCCCCGCAGCUGCCCGCGUGUAGCCUGUAACAGGCUGUAGGGGCAAGUGCUGUUAGCGUGCGCCGAGAGAGACAGAGAGACACAAGGACAGAGAGAUGCAGAGACAGAGAGACACAGGGACAGAGAGACAGAGAGACACAGGGACAGAGAGACGCACAGCAGACGCAUUGAGAGACCGAUCGUAAGGUAGACAGACUGCGAUCGGGACAGAGCUGUAGAAAAAGAGAAGUUAAAGGAGGAAGGGAGAGAGAAAGUGGAGAGAGAGGCAGGAAGUGUGACAAAGACAUUGAGAGACGCAGAAGUGGGCAGAAGUUCAGAGAGAGCGAGAGAGGGAUCACAACCACAGAGAGAACACGAAUUUCUUUAGAAGUGCUUCGUGUGUUUAGUUUGUUGUCCUCCCCCGCUCCACCGAUUAGCACGGUUGGCUACGUACGGUGUGAAAGAAGUUCAGUGCACAUGCACACAAAAAGAGAGACCUGUAGACGAAAGGGAUAGAUCAACGUAAAUACACAGAAAGAGGGGGGAGAGAGUGGGGCAGAAGGAGAGAGUUGGGUGGGAUAGAGAGAGACAGAGAGAAACAAGGGGACAGGGAGAGAAGCAGGGAGAGAUAGGGACCAGGCAGAGAAGGGAGAGAGGAUGUUGGGCAGGGACGAGCAAGGGGACGAGCAUGGGGACGAGCAUGGGGACGAGCAAGGGGAUGGAGAGAUGGUGGAGGAGGAGCUGGUGAGACCCGACGUCUCGCCAGACAAGGUGAGGGAGCUGGUGGAGAGGCUGUACGGCAUCAACGCCACCAGCGUCACCGAGCUGGGCAGCUACGACGACCAGAACUUCCACGUGGAGACACGAGGCCACGUGGUCCCUGAACCUUCCUCCUCCUCGUCGCCGUCCGUCGUGUGUCCCCACGGCUACGUGCUGAAGGUGACCAACUCGGCCGACAGCCGGCACCGCGCCAGCCUCGUGGAGGCGCAGACGCAAGCCGUGCGCUUCCUGGGCGAACGCGGGUUCCCCGUGCCGGCGGUCGUGUUCACCGUGGACGGGCGGCUCAUGGCGAUGGAGAUGCUGGACGGCGACGGAUCGGAGUUUCGCUUCAUCGUGCGUCUCUUCACCUUCCUGCCGGGGACGCUGCUGGAGGAGGUGGAACCCAGCGACGAUCUGCUCGGGCAGAUGGGACGCACGCUCGCCCGCAUGAACCGCACGCUGCACGAGGAGUUCCACGAGCCGUGCCGGGCGGCGCUCUGCUCGGACGGGCGGUGGGGCCUCCAGCAGGCCCACCUCAUCGCCCCGUUCGUGGACGAGGUGGAGGACGUCUCCCUGCGCGCCACGCUGGCUGACGUGGUGCACCAGUUCCACGAGCGCGUGCUGCCCAACCUGCGACACUUUCGGCCCUCGAUCAACCACAGCGACUUUCACGACCAGAACCUGCUGGUGCGCCCCAAACCCUGCGCCAGUGGCGGUGGCGCUGGCGGCUGGGAGCUGUGCGGAAUCCUCGACUUCAGCGACGCGUGCGCAGGGCCGCUGGUCCUCGACGCGGCCGUCGCGAUGGCCGACGUGGUUGCGUCGGCGCGCCACUCCGACCUCCAGCAGGCCCUGCGCGCGGCCGGCGCGUUCUUGGCGGCGUUCGAGCGGGAAGUAGGGGCCCCGCUGACGGGGGCCGAGCGCGGGGCCCUCUUCAUCCUGGUGGCCGCCCGCCUGGCGCAGUCGGCGGUGCUGGCGGAGCGCGACUCACGCACGAUGGCGAGCGACGGCCCGGCGGGCGGCCGCGCGCGUCGCAUCGGCGCGUUCGUCGCUCAGGAGGCGGCGCGGCUCAGAGAACUGUGGGCGGCGGGGGAGGACGAGGCGUGGCGCUGCUGGAGACGGGGCAGCGACCCGCCAGAUGAGCUGGGGCUGCCGAGAACGUAAUGUCGUUCGUCCCGCACCUCCGUUUGGCGCGGUUGGCUACGUACUGUGCCGAAAUGACAUUCAUUGUACGUACGUAUGUACGUGUGUGCAUACGUACGUACGUGUGUGCAUACGUACGUGCGUGCAUACGUACGUGCGUAUGACAGCACCGCCAACAUCGGGAGUAGGGGACGGGGUGCGCGGGGCAGCUCUGCCUCUUUUUACACUGCACAACCGAGCCGUGCCGGGGCCUGGCAUGGGCCCGGGAGGCGCGCCGGAUUGUUUUUCCACUGCACAAGCCUUGCCGUGUGAAUGAAAGAGUGAGGGGCGUGUGUAGAUGAUACGGUGAUGCUGUGGCUGUCACCGUGCACCGACGAAUGUCACAACCAAAUCAAUGGGAUGACUCUCAUGUGGAUGCACGUAUGUUGAACUUCUUUCGCACCGUACGUAGCCAACCGCACGCCAAUUGGACCAUGUGGAGGAAGGACAACUAAACACAAAAAUGCAUUCUUAGUCCUGCCCCUGGCCCUGCUGAAACCCAUCCCAGAUUCAUCGUCUUUGCGAGACCAGUGGAUUUUGAUUUCGUUCCGACUCGGCAUGGCAACUAGCGAGUGGCAAACCAGCCGGACCUUGAAGGCCCCUUCGGUUGCUCAGCUUGGCUGUGCCAGCGCCCAAAGGCGGUAUCAGAUCCGAGGGAUAAAACCAAAAGGCCUGGCCAGGAAGUGUCAAUCAUGCAAUAGGGGGAGAUGAGACGCUCAUUAACCCCGAGAGAAAAUCGAG